UGGUUUUAAACAGAAGGCAGACAUGCGCUGCGCACCGGGUCGCUGAAUCUGAAUCGUGGCACACAGUGAUUACGCAGCAUGGCAGAGGUCGGUGGAUUCCUAAGCACCAUCGAGCUGGAUUUACAUAGUUUCCCGGCGCUCGGGAACGCACCUCUGGUGGACUCUCCGGCUGGAUUGAAUGAGCGACUCGGGCUGAUCGAGGGCAGGCUGCGCCGCGGAUCGCUCACAGACUUCGAACAUUUAAAAGGCAUCCUGCGCCGCAGACAGCUCUACUGCAGAACCGGCUACCAGCUUGAGAUCUUCCCCAACGGAACCGUGCACGGAACCAGGCAGGACCACAGCAGAUUCGGCAUCCUGGAGUUCAUCAGCCUGGCUGUAGGACUGGUCAGCAUACGAGGCGUAGAUGCCGGACUUUAUCUGGGAAUGAACGAAAAAGGGGAGCUCUACGGGUCGAAAAAGCUGACGGCGGAGUGCGUCUUCCGUGAGCAGUUUGAAGAGAACUGGUACAACACCUACGCCUCGACACUGUACAAGCACAAUGACACCGGGAGGUACUACUACGUGGCCUUGAACAAAGACGGCUCGCCUCGAGAAGGCAGCAGGACUAAAAGACACCAAAAGUUGACUCAUUUUCUGCCUCGGCCGGUGGAGAUCGAGAAGAUCCCGCAGGCUUACAGGGAUUUGUUCCAGCACAGGUGACCAAGAGUCCAGCCAGAAUGGCUGGAGGAGCGGGGAAGGGUGCGGGGGAAGAAGACGGACGCUCGGUGG